CCCUCCUUCUCCAGCCAGUUCAGCACCAUGAGGUUCUCCUACCACCUGAACGCCAGCGGCGCCGCAGCAGCAGCACCGCUAGCCUGCAGCGCCACCCGCAGGACAGGCCCCUCCUCCUCCUCCAGUCCCAGUUUGCUGACUAAGAGUCUCUCCCUGGAGCCGUCCUGCUCCUGCGGCACGCAGGGCGCGGACGGAGCCCGCCCCCAGCAGCUGAGCUCUGACCCUGGGCCCAGCUCCUCGUUAUCAGGCCCCCCAUCCCUGGAGGGAGGGGCGGAGCUAACGGAGCGCCGCGGAUCCGCUAACGGGCUACUGCUGGUCAACGACACGGGGCCACCAGAGCUGCCGGCUACCACCAUUACACCACCGAGCAAGAGCAGACCGCCUCUGCCCGGACCAAAACCUCAGGUCCCCCCGAAGCCCCCCCACCUCCAGCAGCGGGGGGGGUCGAGGCCCCGCCCCCGGGCUCCAGACAAGCCCCUCCCCCCUCCCCCGCCCUGCAGGUCCCUCCCGGCGGACCCCCGGGGGGGCCGGACCCCCCCCACCCGCGCCGAUGGCACCGCCUCCCCCACCUGCGUCCUGUCGCUCAUCGAGAAGUUUGAGCGCGAGCAGAUCAUCGUGGUUCCUGACAUCACCGGCGGCGCUCUGUGUCCCCGCCUCCCCGACCCCCCCUCCUCCUCCUCCUCCUCCUCUCGUCCUUCAUCACCCCCCCAACCCCCGUCGCCGGCCCCUCCCCCGCCUGACGACCAGCCGCCCCUCCCUGAUGACAUCACCGCGGGGUGCGAGGGGGAGGAAGAGGGAGACACCGACCUGCAAGGUAACCCUGACGACGACGACGAUGACGAAGAUGAAGAGCUGGCCGCGGCGUGCCGAGACGACCUCCGUCAGAAGCGCCUGUCCAUGGAGUCGGGCUACAGCGCCUCGGAGAGACACCUAGAGGACGACGUGGUUGCCGUGGAGAUAAGGGAGCCGCCACAGCCGCCGCCGGCUCUCGACCAAUCGGAGCUGCCCUCCGAGCGUCUGUCCCUCCCCUCCUCGCAGACCGAGGGGAAGCUGGCCAACCGGGACAGCGGCAUCGACAGCAUCAGCUCGCCGUCGCACAGCGAAGAGCUGUGCUUCGCCGGCGUGGAGGAAGGGGGCGUGGUCUACCCCUGUAGCCCCGCCCUCCUGCCUCGUCUCUCCAGCUCGUCCUCGUACGCCGAGGACGGGGACGCCGAGGCGCGUGGCGCCGCGGCACGCCGGAGGAGAGACUUCUCCGAGGAGGGAGACAGCGACCUGGAGGAGGAGGAGGAGGAGGAGGCGGAGCUUACGCUGGUGCUGCCUCCGCCCAAGACAGACAGACAGGACUCUGCUGAGCUGUCUGUCCAGCAGAGGGUCUUCAACAUCGCCAACGAGCUGCUGCACACAGAGAUUGCCUACGUCUCUAAGCUCCACCUGCUGGACCAGGUUUUCUGUGCUCGGCUCCUGGAGGAGGCCCGCUCUCGCUCCUCCUUCCCGUGCGACGUGGUUCAGGGAAUCUUCUCCAACAUCUGCUCCAUCUACUGUUUCCAUCAGCAGUUCCUGCUGCCAGCGCUGCAGAAACGCAUGGAGGAGUGGGACUCGAACCCCCGGAUCGGGGACAUCCUGCAGAAGCUGGCUCCGUUCCUGAAGAUGUACGGCGAGUACGUGAAGAACUUUGACCGAGCGAUGGAGCUGGUCAACAUCUGGAUGGAGAGAUCGGCUCAGUUCAAGGCCAUCGUCCAGGAGAUCCAGAGGGAGGAGCGUUGUGGGAACCUGACUCUGCAGCAUCACAUGUUGGAGCCGGUUCAGAGGAUUCCUCGCUACGAGCUGCUGCUCAAAGAUUAUCUCCACCGCCUGCCGCAGGACGCCCCGGACCACAGGGACGCCCAGAAGUCUCUGGAGCUCAUCGCCACGGCAGCAGAACACUCCAACGCUGCCAUCAGGAAGAUGGAGCGGAUGAGGAAGUUGCUGAAGGUGUACGAGUUGUUGGGAGGAGAAGAAGACAUUGUUAACCCGACAAACGAGCUGAUUAAAGAAGGACACAUCCUCAAACUGUCCAACAAGAACGGGACCACGCAGGACAGAUACCUCAUACUGUUCAACGACAGGUUGCUCUACUGCGUCCCGAAGCUGCGUCUGAUUGGUCAGAAGUACGGCGUCCGAGCUCGCAUCGAUGUGGACGGGAUGGAGCUGAAGGAGACCAGCAGUGUUGCAGUUCCCAGGACGUUCCUUGUGUCUGGAAAACAGAGAUCCCUGGAGCUGCAGGCCAGGACGGAAGAGGAAAAGAAAGACUGGAUACAGGCCAUCCAGGUAACCAUCCAGAGACACGAGCAGACGCUGGAGGGCUUCAGACAUCUCAACUGUUCCCUACGAGACGACGAGUCCACACCGCCUCACUCUCCGAGCUGCGUGGAGUUGGGGAAGCGAGCUCCGACUCCGAUCCGAGAGAAGGAAGUCACUCUGUGUAUGAAGUGUCAGGAGCCGUUCAACUCCAUCACCAAGAGACGCCACCACUGUAAAGCCUGCGGACACGUGGUUUGUGGGAAAUGUUCGGAGUUUCGUGCUCGUCUUUCGUACGACAACAACCGCACAAACCGUGUGUGUGUGGACUGCUACGCCAUGCUGGUGGGGGCCUCGCCGUCGGCCGCCACGCUGAGCACCAGCACCCAGCGCAGGCGCUCCAUCCUGGAGAAACAGGCCUCCCUGGCAGCCGAGCACAGUGUGAUUUGUAGUUUUCUUCACCACAUGGAGAAAGGAGGCGGGAGGGGCUGGCAGAAGGCCUGGUUCGUCAUCCCCGAAAACGAGCCACUGGUGCUCUACAUCUACGGAGCUCCACAGGACGUAAAGGCGCAGCGCAGCGUGCCUCUGAUCGGCUUCGAGGUCUCCCUUCCCGAGUCAUGUGACCGCCUGGAGCGCCGCCACGCCUUCAAGAUCUCCCAGAGUCACCUGACGCUGUACUUCAGCGCCGACGGGGAGGAGCUGCAGCGGCGGUGGAUGGACGUCCUGAUGAGGGCCGGCAGGGGGGAGGAGCCUCCGGUCUACCGGCCAAUCGUGGAGCGGCUGGAGGAGGAGACGGAGGAGCUGGCGGCCGCGGCCGCGGCGGAGGGAGAAAACACGUGAUUCUGCCGGACAAAGAAGGAUGGCUAUAAUGAAGACCGGUCGCUAAUGGAUACCGUUACAAAACAUGUUCAUACACUCGUAGCUGAUACAACACAUACACACACACACACACACAGACACAGAGACACACACACACACUGCAUGAUUCCUCCUCCAGUCAGACACAAGAUGGCGUCUCUCUCUGUUGGUUUUUUUCCCACCUGUGCCGGACACUAUUUCUGGGGGUCCCAGGACCGGUUAUUGUUUACAGUCCGAGUCCAUACUUUAUUCUGUGUCCUAGCUCCAGACGACAUUGCUGUUAAUUUCUAUAAACAGUUAAAAGUACAGUAAAAAUAAGAUAAUAAAUACAGCUGAUAACUGUUAGGUUCAGAGAUUGCAUUUUGACCAAUAGCGUUCCUCAUCUCUUUGGAAGGUUUACCUAAACGGAAACCAGAACGCUUCUGAUACCAAAAAUCUUGUCGUGUUGCCAACAGAUCAUGUAUUCAGAUGCAGAUAUCUGUUUAUAGAGAUUAGUAAAUCUGUGACGCUGCAGGCUGGUUACUGUUAAGGCUCCGACACACCAACCCGAUGGCUGACCUUCGGCAGAACAGUCAGUCGGACUGACUGGCUCCCCGAGUUGGUCCAAAAACUAUUUUCUCAAAACAUCCAAAAAAGUGUGAAAAGCGCAAUUUUUUUUGAAAAAGUGACAAAAAUAUCCAAAAUAGCGCCAAAUUUGUAUACAAAAAUUCCAAAACAUCAACAAACAAAAAAACGUGUCCAAAACAUUGAUUAAAAAAAGAACCCAAAAUGUCGGAAAGAGCGGCAAAUAUGUUGAAAAAAGUGAGAAAAACCAGAAAUAUCGGAAAAUAGCAUCGAAGACGAAUGGAACAAAUCUGAUUGGCUGGUAACUUUAAAAAACAUACUAACCUUGUUGGCUGGUGAUCAAAAAAAGUUAAUUUAAAGCCCCCGUAUACGACCCCUUAAUGAGAAUGCCGUCGAAUACGUUCUGAUGUGAUCUGAACAUUCGCUGAUCCAGGUCCAGGUUCUGGUCUCUGAUCCUGCCCUGCCAUACAAAACCGUUUUUACUUGCAUUUUUUGAAAUCUAUUAGGUCCAUAUGUGUGUGUGUUAUGUGGUGAAUGUGAAAAUGAACUACUA